UUUAAUAGUGGGACGGUCCGUUAUUUAGGUAGUGUAAUUCAGUAUGAUAGUCAUUUUUAUGUAAAUAAGACAAGGUAAAACACGCCGAUUUUCCCUAUUCGGCAGACUAGUCUAUUAACUGAACUAUCAAACAUCAAAAUUAAACUAUUUGUUUACUCAUGACGGUCAAACAGAAGCUGUUGUAGGAUAAGACCUGCAUAACACGUGUAACGCAAGAUAUAACACAAGAUACACAUUUAAAUAACUACUUUAUUUUAUGUCUGGAUGUUUUUCCAUGUAAUACAUUUGUGUACAUGUGCAACGUAUAACUUUCAUCUUCUUUCAAAUAAAUAAAGGAUAAAGGAAUACUCUAACAGGAUGUCAGCAACUGUAUCUGCGCUUCGUUUUAAAGACAAGGUUGUUAUCGUAACAGGUGGUGUCCAGGGUAUUGGUAGAGGCAUAGUCGAUGUAUUUGCUGAGAAUGGUGGAAAAGUUGUAGUUUUCGACAUUCAAGACGAUGUGGGCUCCAAAAUGAAAUCAGAAGGACCAGGGGAAAUAAUCUAUAUGCACUGUGAUAUGACCAAAGAGGAUGAAAUAAAGAGUUGUAUACAAGAAGCGGAGAAACAGUUAGGAAAAAUAGACUGUCUUGUGAACAAUGUUGGAUUUCACCCAGGAGCAUACACUAUUGAUGAGUUGUCAGUACAAGGGUUUAAAGAUCUUUUGCAGCUUAACUUGAUCAGCUAUUUCACUGCUAGUAAGUAUGCUUUACCAUAUUUACGGAAGUCAAAAGGAAAUAUUGUCAACAUUUCAAGUAUUGGUUCAGCAGCAGCUUUCAGAAAUUCUGUAACAUACGUGGCUACAAAGGGUGGGAUUACAUCUUUUACAAAAGCUCUGGCAAUUGAUGAGGCAAAAUAUGGAGUUCGCGUGAAUGCAAUAGCUCCAGGUGCCGUUGAAACUCCACUUCUAAAAGAAGUUUGGCCAGCAGAUGAACUAGAAAAGCUUAAAACUUGUCAUGUAUUGCAAAAGAUUGCUCAACCAAGGGAGAUUGGUCUAGCGUGUUUGUUUCUGGUAGUUGAUGCUACAUUCACCACUGGAGAACAGCUUAUGUGUACAGGAGGAUCAGAAAUUGGAUACGGAAUAAAGAAUACUGGAUUAGCAUUUUAAAGGGAAAAACUGUGACAGAAAUCGGAUACGAAAUAAAGAUACUGUACUAGCAUUUUGACGAAUAACAUUGUAGAAAAAACCGGAUAUGGAAUAAAAACACUGGAUUAGAAUUAUGAUAAGAUUGUUGAAGAAAUCGGAUAAAGAAUAAAGAAUGCUGGAUUAGAAUUAGAAAGAAAAGGAUGAUGCAAAAUCCGGAUAGAGAAUAAAUAAUACUUACUAUAAUUACAUGUAGCGUAAGAUUGUAGAAGAUUUUGACUAUAUGAUAAGACGGUUCUGCGACAUCUUACUUUGUCAUUUUUUACCGAUAAUGAAUACUUUGAUAGUGUUGUAUACAACAUAGUAGGCACAUGACAUGUUAGUUUUUUUACAUCGAAUACCUGGCUCAUUUUAAAAGUGUCACUAUCAUAUUGAUCUUGAUAGUAAUAAAAAUUAUCAAAAUGUG